AUGCCGCCUGGUGCUUGUAAGCGUCCUCUAGCCAUCAGCACCAUAGCUGGGCCACAACAGAGUAGGGUGACAAGAGACGGCAUUCAAUGCAGCGUGUGGGUCUAUGGUUAUCGUGAUGACACACAAGCUGGGAAGCUCGCCACGCAUACCGUGCACGGAAUGUGGCUGACGUGA